AUGAAAAUAACAAGGCACAUGACAUGGCUCAUAUAUGAAACACAAGAAAACAAAGUAACCACAAGUGAGGGGCCUACUAUUGGUAUCGAUCUUGGCACAACCUAUUCAUGUGUUGCUGUAUGGCAGGAUCAAAACAAUCGAGCAAAGAUCAUACAUAAUGAUCAAGGCAACAGAACCACUCCUUCUUUUGUUGCUUUUACUAAUGCUCAAAGGUUGAUUGGUGAAGCUGCUAAAAAUCAGGCUGCUUCAAAUGCAACCAACACUGUGUUUGAUGCGAAAAGGUUGAUUGGAAGGAAAUAUAGUGAUUCUGCUAUUCAAAAUAACAUACAAUUGUGGCCAUUUAAGGUUGUUGCUGGAAACGACAACAAACCUGAGAUCAUUGUUAAAUACAAGGGUGAAGAAAAACGUCUCUGUGCCGAGGAAAUCUCAUCCAUGAUUCUCAUCAAGAUGCGUGAGAUUGCAGAGAAAUUUUUGGAGUCACCCGUGAAGAAUGCAGUUGUUACAGUGCCUGCUUAUUUUAACGAUUCUCAGCGAAAAGCCACAAAAGAUGCUUGUGUUAUUGCUGGCCUCAAUGUGUUGCGGAUAAUCAAUGAACCAACAGCGGCUGCCCUUGCGUAUGGCCUUCAAAAGAGAGCAAAUAAUGUUGGAAAACGAAAUGUGUUCGUCUUUGAUCUCGGCGGUGGCACUUUCGAUGUGUCUCUCCUCACACUCGAAGAUAAUGGGUUUGUAGUGAAAGCCACUGCCGGAGAUACACUUCUUGGAGGAGAGGACUUUGAUAGCAGAAUGGUGAACUAUUUAGUGGAAGAGUCUGAGAGGAAGAAUAAAGUGGACAUUAGGGAGAACCCGAGGGUUCUAAGGAAGUUAAGAACUGCUUGUGAAAAGGCUAAGAGGACAUUGUCAUUUGAUACUGAGACUACAAUUGAAAUAGAUUCUUUAUGUGAUGGAAUUGACUUCCAAUUGUUAAUGACUAGGUCCAUGUUUGAACAACUCAACAUGGAUCAGUUUGAAAAGUGCUUGGAAGUUGUGAAGAAGGGUCUUGUUGAUGCUAAGAUGGCUAUCGGUAAAGUGGACGAUGUUGUUCUAGUUGGCGGUAGUUCUAGGAUUCCCAUAGUGCAGCAACUAUUGAAGGACUUUUUCAAAGGGAAGAAUCUGUGUAGUAGCAUCAACCCUGACGAGGCUGUUGCUUAUGGUGCAGCAGUACAAGCUGCUAUGCUGAGUGAAGGUUUUAAGAAUGUUCCAAACAUUGUUUUGCAUGUUACGCCUUUGUCUCUUGGUACAUCUAUAAAUGAUAAUCUCAUGAGUGUAGUUAUCCCAAGGAACACAUCAAUUCCUGUGAAAAAGACACAAACUUUUUAUACACUUGAAGAUGAUCAGUAUUUUAUCACUGUUGAUAUUUAUGAAGGCGAGCGGAUGCUCAUGCUAAGCUGUUACUUGGUGGCUAAGCUAAAUGCUCAUGCUAAGUUACUUAAUGAUAAGAAUGAGAAAGAAUAUGAUGAUUAUUCUUAUAUCUGGGCUAAUUUCUUACUCAUUCCAAAAGAUGCUUGA